AGCGCUGCUCCGAGCCUGAGGGGCGAGGCGACUUUCUGAAACUUGUUUUUUCUCUCUUUCUCUCGCCCUACCCUCCGUCCCCCCCCUUUUCCCUCUCCUGCCUCUCCCUCGGCCCGUCUUCCCCGGAGCAGACGCCGAGCGCGCCUCCUUCCGCAGCAACGCCCGGCCGCCCGGAGGGGACCCGCCGAGCGCCGCCGUCCGUGCGCCCCGGGCCGCGGGCCCGAGGCUGAGCGCCAGCCCCUCCGGCCGCCGCGAUGCCCGCCGCGGAGCGCCCGCCGCCCGAGGACCCCAGGACUCCCCCGAACUCUGACUAAGGCCCCGUGAAGCGGGCCGGCGGCCCGGGCGGGGAGGCUGACCGCGGCACCCCCGCGGAGGAUGGAUGGCCGAGACUUCGGGCCCCAGCGGUCCGUCCACGGCCCCCCGCCGCUGCUGUCCGGCCUGGCCAUGGACGGCCACCGCGUGGGCGCGGCCACCGCCGGACGCCUGCCUGCCUCGGCCCUGCCGGGGCCCCUGCCGCCCGGGAAGUACAUGGCCGGUCUCAACCUCCACCCGCACCCGGGCGAGGCCUUCUUGGGCAGCUUUGUGGCCAGCGGGAUGGGGCCCUCGGCCUCGUCUCAGGGGAGCCCGGUAUCCCUGCCCUCUGACCUCUCCUUCCGCUCCCCCACCCCCAGCAACCUGCCCAUGGUGCAGCUGUGGGCCGCCCACGCCCAUGAAGGCUUCUCCCACCUGCCCAGCGGGCUGUAUCCAUCCUACCUCCACCUGAGCCACCUGGAGCCCCCCAGCAGCGGGAGCCCCCUCCUCAGCCAGCUGGGUCAGCCCAGCAUCUUCGAUACCCAGAAAGAUGGCUUCUACCUGCCUGCACCGGGGACCCUGCACUCUCACACACCCUCAUCCAGAACCCCCAGCAGCGGCCACUCAGGCGGUCCGGCCAAAGGCACCUCCCGGGAAGGUACGGGGAAGGAUCGCUCGGGCCGUGGUGGAGACCCUCCUCCGUUGUUCGGCAAGAAAGACCCUCGGGCGCGUGAGGAGGUGUCCGGGCCCCGUGGCGUGGUGGACUUGACCCAGGAGGCGCGAGCCGAGGGCCGCCAGGACCGGGGACCCUCACGGCUGGCCGAGCGCCUGUCACCCUUUCUGGCAGAGGCCAAAGCCAAGGGUGCGCUGCAGCCGUCCGCCAUGAGCCUGUGCAACGGUGCGGUGGAUGCGGGGCUGGUGGCCGAGCUGGGCCGCGGAGGCGCCAAGGAGGUAGCCAGGCAGGAGGAGAGUGCUCGGCUGCUGCGGCGGGCCGAGGCCCUGCUGCCCACGGCCAGGCCCUGUGGGUCCCCGCUGCCGCCACCGCCCCCUCCCCCGCCACUGCCCCCCAAAGGCCCUCCCGCGCCCCCUUCCUCGACACCAGCUGGUGUCUACACCGUGUUCCGUGAACCAGGCCGCGAGCACCGCGUGGUGGCGCCCACCUUCGUGCCUUCUGUGGAGGCCUUUGAUGAGCGCGUGGGACCCAUCCAGAUAGCGUCCCAGGCUCGCGACGCCCGGGCCAGGGAGCGGGAGCCGGGCCGCCCCGGAGUCCUGCAAGGCCCGCCUGGAUCUCCACGCCUGGAGCGGCCGGAGGUCCUGCGGGAGAAGAGCUCAGUGAUCCGCUCGCUCAAGCGGCCGCCGCCGUCCGACGGCCCUCCAGCAGCCCGCCCCUCCCGCUCCUCCCCGGACGCCCGCGCCUACCUGCCCCCCAAGGACCUGCUCAAGCCUGAGGCCGAUCCCAGGCCUUGUGAGCGCGCGCCCCGAGGCCCGAGCGCCUCCGUAGCCCAGCAGGCGGCUAAGCUCUUCGGCCUGGAACCAUCCCGACCACCUGGGCCGGAACACAAGUGGAAACCCUUUGAGCUGGGCAAUUUUGCCACCACACAGAUGGCUGUGCUGGCAGCCCAGCACCACCACGCCAGCCGAGCCGAAGAGGAAGCAGCUGUCGCCACAGCAUCCAAAAAGGCCUACCUGGACCCCGGGGGUGCAGUGCCCAGGGCCCCGGCCACCUGCGGCAGGCCCGGGGCCGACCUCCACCCCUCGGCCCAUGGACCGGGCGAGGCCUCCGCCAUGCAGAGCCUCAUCAAAUACAGCGGCAGCUUCGCUCGCGAGGCCGUGGCUGUGGGCCCUGGCGGCUGUGGGAAGAAGAACCCGUUUGGAGGCCUGGGCACCAUGAAACCUGAACCAACGCCGACCUCUGCGGGUCCCCCUAGGGCCCAGGCCCGACUCACACACCCAGGGGUCCCCACAGCUGGAGGGGGCCGGCAGCUGAAGCGGGACCCAGAGAGACCCGAGAGUGCCAAAGCCUUUGGGCGGGAGGGCUCUGGUGCCCAGGGGGAAGCCGAAGUGAGACACCCACCUGUCGGCAUUGCCGUGGCCGUGGCCCGGCAGAAGGACAGCGGGAGCAGCAGCCGGCUGGGGCCUGGGCCGGUCGACCAGGAACGCCCGUUGUCGCUGAGCAAUGCCAAAGGGCAUGGCCGGACCGAUGAUGACUGUGAGCGAGCCAGACACCGGGAGGAUCGGCUGCUAGGGGCACGGCUGGACCGGGACCAGGAGAAGCUGCUCCGAGAGAGUAAGGAGCUGGCCGACCUGGCCCGGCUGCACCCCAGCAGCUGCGCUCCUAAUGGCCUGAACCUCAUGGUGACCGGGGGCCCGGCGCUGGCGGGCUCGGGCCGCUGGUCCGCCGACCCCGCAGCACACUUGGCCACGCACCCCUGGCUGCCUCGCUCGGGCAGCACAUCCAUGUGGCUCGCUGGGCACCCUUACGGCCUGGGACCCCCCUCUCUACACCAGGGCAUGGCCCCCGCAUUCCCACCUGGCUUAGGGGGCUCCCUGCCGUCAGCUUACCAGUUCGUCAGAGACCCCCAGUCUGGCCAGCUGGUGGUUAUCCCCAGUGAUCACCUGCCUCAUUUUGCCGAGCUGAUGGAGCGGGCCGCAGUGCCUCCCCUCUGGCCGGCCCUGUACCCACCGGGCCGCAGCCCGCUGCACCACGCCCAGCAGUUGCAGCUCUUCUCUCAGCAGCACUUCCUCCGGCAGCAAGAGCUGCUGUACCUGCAGCAGCAGGCAGCGCAGGCCCUGGAGCUACAGCGGAGCGCACAGCUGGUGCAGGAGCGACUGAAGGCGCAGGAACAUCGGACUGACAUGGAGGAGAAGAUGAGUAAGAGGAGCCUGGAAGCCACGGGCAAGGCUGGCCUGAGCGCGCCGGGCCCCGGGCUGCUGUCCCGCAAGCCCGCUGGCCUGGCUGCCGGCCCCGCAGGCGGCCACAGCAAGGCUGUGAGCCCACCCCCUUCCCCAAGAGCCUCCCCCGUGACCGCCCUGAAGGCCAAGGUCAUCCAGAAAGUGGAGGAUGCCACCAAGCCACCGGCCUACACCUACCCUGCCACGCCCAGCUCACACCCCAGCAGCCCUCCGCCCGCCUCCCCACCACCUACCCCGGGCCUCACCCGCAAGGAAGAGGCUCCUGAGAAUGUGGUGGAGAAGAAAGACCGGGAGCUGGAGAAGGAGACCCCCAGCCCCUUCCAGGCCCUGUUCACAGAUAUCCCCCCCAGGUACCCCUUCCAAGCCCUGCCGUCACACUACGGGAGACCCUACCCCUUCCUGCUGCAGCCCACGGCGGCCGCUGACGCCGACGGCCUGGCCCCUGACGUGCCGCUCCCGGCUGAUGGACCCGAGCGCUUGGCGCUGUCUCCGGAAGACAAGCCCAUCUGCCUGUCGCCCUCUAAGAUCCCAGAGCCACCUCAGGACAGUCCCGAGGAGGAGCCGCUGGCUGAGCACGAGGUGAAGGCUGAGGCUGAGGAUCUGGAAGAGGUCCCGGCCGAGCUGCCUCCCCUCGGGUCACCGCUGGCCCUGCCCGUCCCGGAGGCCAUGGUGGCUGUGAGCCCCGCGGGCGGCUGCGGAGGCGGCCUGCUCGAGGCCCAGGCGCUGAGCACAGCCGCUCCGGGCUGCCGGGAGCCCUCCGAAGCGGCAGACUUGGCGCAGGUGGCCGAAGCACAGGUAGAACUACCGGGCAGGACGGAACCCCGCAUGGCUGGCCUGGAGCUGGGGACACAGCUGACACCUGAGCCGCUGGUGGAGACUAAGGAAGAGCCCGUGGAGGUACCCCUGAAUGUGCCAAGGGAGGGGCCCGUGGCGGAGGCAGGCCUGGAGGGUAGCCUGCCCCAGCCAACCCUGACCGAGCCUCAGCCCAGCCUAGAGCUCUCAGACUGUGACUUGGCUGUCCCGGAGGGCCAGUGUGUGAACUUGGAGGCCCAGGAGGCCACACCUGCUCCCGGCAGUGCCUGCUAUCUGGAAGAGACCCACUCUGAACCGUUCCUGCCCGGCCUGGAGGACCCACUGGCUGGCAUGAAUGUGCUGGCAGCCGCGGCAGAGCUGCCCCAAGCCAGGCCUCUACCCUCCCUGGGUACUGGGGUCCCAGCCGGGGAGAAGCUGGAUGCAGCCCCCAGCACGGUUCUGGAACACAGCUUCCUGCAGGGCAUCACUCUGCUGAGUGAGAUAGCUGAGCUGGAGCUGGACCGGAGAGGCCAGGAGGCUGCAGGUACAGAGCCAAGCCUGGUCGUCCGACCCUCCCUGGAAAGCCUGCUGGCCGCUAGCAGCCACAUGCUGAAGGAGGUGUUGGAGAACCCCUUCUCAGACCCACUCAAGAACUUGAGGCUCCCUCGGGAGCUGAACUCCAACAAAAAGUACAGCUGGAUGCAGAAGAAAGAGGAGCGGCUGUUUGCUAUGAAGUCUUCCUUGGAGGACAUGGACGCCCUGGAGCUGGACUUCCGGAUGCGGCUGGCAGAGGUCCAGCGGCGGUACAAAGAGAAACAGCGUGAGCUGGUCAAGCUCCAGAGACGCCGGGACUCGGGGGACAGGCACGAGGAUGCCCAUAGAAGCCUGGCACGCAGAGGUCCUGGCAGGCCGCGGAAACGGACCCACACCCCGAGCGCCCUGUCGCCCCCCUGCAAGAGAGGGAAGAGCAACAGCGGUAGCGGAAAGCUGAGUAGCAAGCCCCUGCUGACUUCAGAUGACUUCGAUCUGGGAGCAGGCCUAAGGAAGAGACACAAGGGGCCGGAGGAGGAGCAGGACACCCUCCUCGGCCUGGGGAAGGCCCGGAGCAGGAACCAGAGCUGGGAGGAUCACGAGUCCUCUGACUUCCUCAGUCAGCUAAAGAUUAAGAAGAAGAAGAUGGCAAGUGACCAGGAGCAGUUGGCAAGCAAGCUGGACAGAGCCCUGUCCCUCACCAAGCAGGACAAGCCGAAGUCACCCUUCAAGCUUUCCGACAGUCCCGGGGGCAAGCCGAAAGCUAGCGGGGGCUGCGGCAGGUUCUUGACGCCCUAUGACAGCCUACUGGGCGGGGGCAGGAAGGCGCUGGCCAGAGGACUCGGCUUGUCUCUGAAACCCUCCAGAGAAGGUAAACACAAAAGGGCUGCCAGAGCCAGGAAGAUGGAGGGGGGCUUCAAGGCCAGAGGCCAGCCCAAGUCUGUGCAUUCUCCGUUCGCCUCAGAAGCAAGCAGCCACUCUUACAAUACGGACUCAGAUGACGAUGAAGAUUUCCUGAAAAACGCGUGGUCUGCCCAAGGCCCCUCCAGCUCCAAACUGACCUCAUCCCUCCUGUGCGGCAUGGUGACCAAGAGCAGCAAGCCGGCCCCAGGCCCCAAGCUGACCAAGAGGGGCCUGGUGGGCCCCCGGACUCUGAAACCCAAGGCGGCCGCCAGCAGGAAGCAGUCCUUCUGUUUGCUGCUCCGAGAGGCCGGGGCCCGCUCCUCCUUCAGCGACUCUUCUGAGGAGGACUCCUUUGAUCAAGAUGACAGCUCAGAAGAGGAGGAGGAGGAGGAAGAGCUGGAGGACGAGGAGGAGGAAGAAGAAGAGGAAGCCUUUGGUAGCUAUAGGCUGAGUGCCGGGGAGCAGGCCCUGUCGCCAGGCCUGGAGGAGAGUGGGCUGGGCCUGCUGGCUCGCUUUGCGGCCAGCGCCCUCCCCAGCCCCAUUGUCGGGCCGCCCCUCUCUGUGGUGCAGCUGGAAGCUGAACAGAAGGCCCGGAAGAAGGAAGAGCGGCAAAGCCUGAUGGGCACAGAGUUUGAGUACACAGACUCAGAGAGUGAAGUCAAGGCUCCCAGGCAGUCACCAUCUGGGCUGCUGCGGCCCAAGAAGGGCGUGGGGGAGCCCAGCCAGUCUCUGGCUGUGCCUGUACCUGGUCCUCGGGCCUCCGGUCCCACCAGCCCAGACAAGGCCAAGCUGGCCUCAGAGAAGGGACGCAAAGCCCGGAAGGUUCGUGGCCCUAAGGAAGCCGGCUUCGAGGCGGGGCCAGAGGCCAGCGACGAUGACCUAUGGACACGACGUCGGAGCGAGCGCAUCUUCUUACAUGACGCCUCCGCUGCGGUCCAGGCACCCAGCAACACUGUACCAGCAACCAAGCCUAGCCGCUGUGGCAGGGGAGGUGCCCCAAGCCCACGGAAGGACACCGGCCGAGCCAAGGACAGGAAGGACCCCAGGAAGAAGAAGAAAGGGAAGGAGGCUGGCUCAGCGGCCACACUGCCACCCGCCCGUGUUUCCACCCUGCCUGACUCCAGGGCCACCCACCCAGGGCCCCUGGCAACUGCCAAACGCAGCAAGGCCAAGGCCAAAGGAAAGGAGGUGAAGAAGGAGAACCGAGGAAAAGGGGGUGCCGUGAGUAAGCUGAUGGAGUGUAUGGCAGCGGAGGAGGACUUUGAGCCCAACCAGGACUCAAGCUUCUCCGAGGACGAGCACUUGCCCCGAGGUGGGGCCGCAGAGCGACCUUUGACCCCAGCCCCCCGCUCAUGCAUCAUUGACAAGGACGAGCUGAAGGACGGCCUGCGCGUGCUGAUCCCCAUGGACGACAAGCUGCUGUACGCGGGCCACGUGCAGACUGUGCACUCUCCAGACAUAUACCGUGUGGUGGUGGAAGGCGAGCGUGGAAACCGUCCCCACAUCUACUGCCUAGAGCAACUUCUGCAGGAAGCAAUCAUAGACGUGCGGCCAGCCUCCACCCGCUUCCUGCCCCAGGGGACCCGGAUCGCGGCCUACUGGAGCCAGCAGUACCGCUGCCUGUACCCAGGCACGGUGGUCCGAGGGCUGCUGGACAUGGAAGACGACGGAGACCUGAUUACUGUGGAGUUUGAUGACGGCGACACCGGCAGAAUCCCGCUCUCACACAUCCGCCUCCUGCCACCUGACUAUAAAAUCCAGUGUGCUGAGCCAUCCCCAGCACUCCUAGUGCCCAGUGCAAAACGCCGUAGCAGGAAGACCAGCAAAGACACUGGGGAAGGCAAAGAAGGGGCUGCCACGGGGCCUCAGGAGGCUACAGGGGCCAAGGCUCGAGGGCGGGGACGGAAACCCAGUGCCAAAACUAAGGGUGACAGAGCCGCCGUCCUGGAGGAAGGGGCUGCCACAGACGAGGCCCCCAGUGCUCCCUCGGCCCUGGAGCCCAUCAACACUCCAAGUUCCAAGAAGAGCACCCCAGAGCCAGUGGAGAAGCGGCCCAGGGCCCCCAAGGCUCGCUCAGUGUCUGCACAGCCCAGCCCCAUACCGCCGACCUUCUCCAGCUGCCCAGCUCCUGAGCCCUUUGGGGAGCUUCCGGCCCCCAGCGCAGCCCCGCUUAUCAACAUGCCUGUCACCAUGCCUGCCACUCGCCCCAAACCCAAGAAGACCCGGGCCUCCGAGGGCUCAGGUGCCAAAGGUCCCCGGAGGCCAGGGGAAGAUGACGAACUACUUGUCAAACUGGACCAUGAGGGGGUCAUGUCUCCCAAAAGCAAGAAGGCCAAAGAGGCCCUGCUCCUGAGGGAAGAUCCGGGGCCCGGGGCUUGGCCGGAGUCCACGGGGCUGCUCAGCCUGGGCAGCUACCCACCAGCUGUUGGCAACAGUGAGCCCAAGACCACCUGGCCCAAGGCUCUGGAGGGAGACCUCACUCAGGAGCCCGGGCCGGGGCUUCCUGUAGAGGAUGCUGGCAUCUCCGAGAGCCCGGACAAGGCCCAGGCGGAACAAGACGGGGCAGAGGAGUCUGAGUCCACCAGCAGCAGCAGCAGCAGCAGCAGCAGCAGCAGCAGCAGCAGCAGCAGCAGUAGCAGCAGCAGCAGCAGUAGCAGCAGCAGCAGCGGUUCUGAGACAGAAGGAGAGGAGGACGCUGAGAAGAACAGGGAGGACGGCCGGGGUGCAGGGGGCCGGACCUGCAGUGCUGCCAGCUCCAGAGCCUCGUCUCCCGCUUCCUCCUCUUCCUCCUCUUCCUCCUCGUCUUCCUCCUCCUCUUCCUCCUCUUCUUCCUCCUCUUCCUCUUCCUCUUCCUCCUCUUCUUCCUCUUCCUCCUCUUCUUCCUCUUCCUCUUCCUCCUCUUCCACCACAGACGAGGAUUCCUCCUGCAGCUCAGACGACGAAGCAGCCCCUGCCCCCUCCACGCAGCCAGCACUCCCCGCCAAGGUGCCCAAGCCACCGAGCAAGACACGGCCCUCAGCUCACUCCCCAGGCAAGAAGGCGCCCCCCGCCACCCAGCCGCCGCCCCAGCCUCCGCCCCAGCCCCAGCAGACUCUGCAGCCCAAGGCCCAGACUGGGGCUGGAGCCAAGAGCCGACCCAAGAAGAGAGAAGGCGUGCACCUGCCCACCACCAAGGAACUGGCCAAGCGGCAGCGGCUGCCCUCAGUGGAGAACCGGCCCAAGAUUGCCGCCUUCCUCCCCGCCCGGCAGCUUUGGAAGUGGUUUGGCAAGCCCACCCAGCGGCGAGGCAUGAAGGGCAAGGCUCGCAAGCUCUUCUACAAGGCCAUCGUCCGGGGCAAGGAGAUGAUCCGCAUUGGGGACUGCGCCGUCUUCCUGUCGGCCGGCCGCCCCAACCUGCCCUACAUCGGCCGGAUCCAGAGCAUGUGGGAGUCGUGGGGCAACAACAUGGUGGUUCGGGUCAAGUGGUUCUACCACCCGGAGGAGACCAGCCCCGGCAAGCAGUUCCACGAGGGCCAGCACUGGGACCAGAAAUCGGGGCGUAGCCUCCCUGCAGCCCUGCGGGUCUCCAGCCAGAGGAAGGACUUUAUGGAGCGCGCCCUGUACCAGUCCUCACACGUGGACGAGAAUGACGUCCAGACAGUGUCCCACAAGUGCCUGGUGGUGGGCCUGGAGCAGUACGAGCAGAUGCUGAAAACCAAGAAAUACCAGGACAGCGAGGGCCUGUACUACCUCGCGGGCACCUACGAGCCCACCACAGGCAUGAUCUUCUCCACGGAUGGCGUGCCUGUGCUCUGCUGAGCGCCGCCUCCCGGCGGGCCCGCAGGGACCCCUCCCCACCACUGCCACGGCGCGGGACCCGUGUGUUGUGUGCAUGCCAGUGUGUGCUCGUGGGUGUGUGCAUGUAGCCAGGUGGACGCCCCGGGCAAGUGCGAGUGUGGACGUGUGUGCCCGUAUGCAUGCACGUGCACGCGUUCCCAGACCCUCUCCUCUCAUCCCCUGGGGCCCUCCCCUCCCCCUCAGAUAGCAGGGUCCCGCCCAGUGGGGACUUCCUCCAGCACUUUGUAUUCGCUUUGUGAGGCCCGUGGAGGCUCUGGCUCUGUGGACGGGGUGCGGGAGAGCUCCCGGACCCACCCCGACGCUCAGUGUUGACUUCAGCCACACCCAGCACGGAGCCCACCCGAGGCCCCCCGCCACGGGCCCGGGGGCCCCUCAACGCCAGCCAGCUUCACCAAUCACGCCGGGCAUCUGGGCGCCUGCGUGCCCGGCCUCCACCCUCUCAGGACAGCCUGGACUUGGGGAACAAGGCAGGGGAGGGCAGCCCAGGAGCGUCACCAUUCCCGGUGGGCCCCCCAGCCCAGACCCUUACACUACAGAAAACCCCAAUGGUGCUGAACCCCGCGUCCACGCUCGGCACGGCCCGCCCGGCCCCUCCGCAGGGAGGGCCCGAAAGGGCUACCUGUACGGUUGAUCGCAGCCUGCCCCUGUACCAUACACCUUUAAAUGGAGUCAGCUUUUUAAUUAUAUAUAUAAAGAUAAAUAUAUAUAAAUAUAUAUAUAAACUUUUUAAAACUGUGAAAAAUAGCUAUGAAAUUAUAAAAAAACAACCACAUUCUGACGUGCAGAAUAUUAUUUUUUAUUUACUGUUAGAUUGUGAGUGUCUAGCGCCGCCGGCUUCAUGCCUCCCCCCCGCCCCCAACGCCCCCUCACCCCGACCCAUGUGUACUGUGUGUGCCCCCAAAUGGACAAGAGAUGGAGACAGAUGGAGGGGACCCGAGCCCAGCCCUCGGCUCAGCCCCAAGCACUUAAUGGCCCCCCUGUGCCUGCCAGGCCCCAGUGGGGUCUCCGGAGGCUUUGAGCAGACAAUCUUGAAGGAAGGAAAAGCCAGAUUUCGGUUUUGUUUUGUUUUCUUUUGGGGUGGGGGGUAAUUACUGUUUCCUAAUUUUUUUUUUAAAGUUUCUUUUGGAAUUUUGUUGGCAAAUUCUGUGUGAUCUUUUUUCAUAAAAAAAAGAAAAGAAAAGAAAAAAGAAAAAGAAAAAGAAAAAUUUAAUUGGAAAAAUA